UUAAGAAGUGUACCUGCUUGUCCACCCAACUACUAGUACUUGUUUGGCUGUAAUGAUUUUGAGAUUUUUUUUUUCUCUCUUGAGUCAACCAAGGCGGUCGGAUCAUCUCGUGCCGUCCAUACGAACUGCCAAUUCUGCAAGCAGCGUUUCUAACGGUUUCGCUUCGCGGUUCCCUUCACGACGGGAUUCUUAGGGUCAUUCCUUUCAGGACGGGAUUCUCUCUCCAUUCCCUUCGCGAUUCUCCUCAAAGGGAAGCUGUUGGAGAUGAGAGGAAAUAAAGGGAAUAGAAACGGGGAAGAAAAUCGGGAAAGGAAUAAAAUAAAGAGAAUAUGCUGCUUGGUGGAUGGCCUGUCUUAAAGCUGAUCUUCGGGGCUUCGGUUGGGUCGAACAUUCAAGUCUGAGCUCCUUGCUAUGGUCUGACCUUGUUACUUUGUGUUACUGAUUCCGGCUACUUUAAGGUGUGGAAAAACUGUGUUAGUAAGUAUGGAAAAUGAAUGUUAUGUUAGUAACUUCGAAUUCCGUGUAAUACAAAAGCUGUGUACUGCAAACGCUGCUCAUAUGGCAAUCGUGUGUGUUGAUGAGUGAUUACUCUCUAUUCUAUUUUGCAUUUUUUUUUACUGACAGAGAACGUGUAUAGGACCUCAUAAACUCUAUUAGGUGUACUUCCCGCGCGUUGCUGUGGGUUUUAUUAUGCAUUCAAAUGUAAAACCACCGGACUAGUAGCUUGUUUGUGUAAGAGAUGUUGAUAUAUGUAUUUAAAUGUUCCAACAUUCAAUGCAUCCGAAUUUUUUUUGCCCGACAUGGAAGUUUACCCGAAAUUCAGCAAAAAAUAGGCGAAAAAUUGAAUCCUGGUCUGGGGAGUAUAACUUUGGGGAAACUCAAAUUUGAGGCCUGUUUCGUACUGAUAUGCAAAAGAAACCCACGGAGCCGAAUGUGGCAGAGGACCAAGCCCACCCUUGCGACCCUCCUAAUAUCACUAUUUGAAAUUAGGAACCCUAAACUAUCGUAUACAUUAACAAAAUGUGUGCCAGUUUGGUGAUGCCAUGUUGAGUUUCUGCACCAAACAAUUUACCUUGGAGUUUACGUGUUUAAGAAAUAGCAUAUAAUCUAUUUAUAAACCUCAUCGUGCUUGAGGUAUGGAACAAACAGUCAAUUUUCUUACGUAAAUUCUUAGUUGCAAAUCCUUUUUUCUCCUUUUCACGUGCAUGUGCUUUCUUCCUUAACGCACCCCUGAACACUGAGGAAUCCAACUUUGCGUGCCCUUUGAAGCAUGUGCCUUUAUUCAUUGAGUCCCAAUUACUCCUUCUGGUUGCAAAUGUAGGUCGUUUUAGCCUCCUCAACUAUUCUCUAAAUAUAAGUCAUUCUCGAACUUCUAUGCAUUUUUUUCUCUUUUGUUCCCGUCUUGCCCUUUUUAAUAAAUACUACUAUUCUCACAAAUGAAUGAGUUAUCUUUUCUAAUACAGAAUAAAUAAAGGACAACAAGAUCAUUUGAUCUACUUUCUUAAUCCUUGUGCACAAAUCUAAAACAACUUUCAUUUACAAUCGGAGGGAGUAAGUAUUUGUCACCUUAAGCUCUUAGCAACAUCAAUUCCUUGCUUGUCCGAGUAACUCAGACACAUUGCUCUAGUGAUUCUGGUUCUAUAUAACAAGACUGCAGCAAGGGGCAAUUUCCUUGUCCACCUAACUACUUGUUUGGCUGCAUUGAUUUUGAGAUUUUAUUUCAACCAAGGCAGCUGGAUCAUAUUAACUGCCAAUUCUGCAAGCAGCAUAUGGAAGCCGGUGCAGCUACAACUAGAUCAUCAGGAGGAGCACAAGCACCGAUGGACAGACGUCUCAUGGCGGCAGCCAAAUCUGGUGAUGCCACAUCAAUGAUUGAUCUUGCUCAUGAUGACCCAGGCGUGCUGCUUGGAACAACACCACAGGGGAACACCUGCCUCCAUAUCUCCUCCAUGCACGGCCACCAAGGGUUCUGCAACGAGGCCCUGCGGCUGAACCAGUCUCUCCUCACCGCGGUCAAUGCGGAUGGGGAGACACCACUGCUCACCGCCGUGACAAGGGGUCAUGCUUCUUUGGCAUCUUUUUUACUCGGACGCUGCCGUGAUCAGCAGCUGAGCGAGGCGAUCUUGGCGCAAGACAAGCAUCGGUAUAAUGCUCUCCACCAUGCCAUUCGCAGCGGCCACAGGGAGCUCGCACUGGAGUUGAUAGCAGCGGAGCCUGCCUUGUCACGAGCCGUGAACAAAUACAAUGAGUCACCCAUGUUCAUAGCGGUCAUGAGAAAUUAUGAAGAAGUCUUCGAGAGACUGUUGGGGAUUCCUGAUUCUGGACACGGGGGAGCCUGUGCCUGCAAUGCUCUGCUUGCUGCCGUGAGAAAUGGCAAUUCAGUUAUCGCUAAAAAGAUUAUUGAGACACGUCCUCGGCUGGCCACAGAAGAAGAUAUGGAUGCGAAUACGCCAAUGCGGAUGGCUGUACUUUGGGACCAGAUUGACGUUCUAAGAGUAUUGUUGGAACAUGACUGCUCUUUAGGGUAUGAAGUAAGCACAAGAGGUAAUCCUCUUCUUACUUCAGCCGCAUUUCGAGGCAAUGUAGGUGUCGCUCGGGAGCUUCUUAACCAUUGUCCGGAUGCUCCCAGUUGGGAUCCAAAUGAUGACUGGACAUGUCUUCACGAGGCUAUAUCGGAAGGUCAUGAAAACUUCGUAGAAUUUAUCCUGCGGGCCCCACAGCUUCAGAAAAUCGUUAACAUGCGGAACAGAAAUGGAGAUACUGCUCUGCAUAUCGCAGUCCAAAAGUGCAAUCCGAAGAUUGUCUCUGCUUUACUGCUUCACCAAGACAUAGACGUUACAGUUGUUAACAACAUUGGUAACCCAGCAACCUGGCAAUUGUCUGCUGUCUCCGAUCAUGCCAAGACUUUGAACUGGAAUGAAGUGUCCAUGCUUAUGUUGAAAGCUGAUCCAGAAGGCGCAGCAUGUACUUAUAAUCUCAAAAACGUCGUCAAGGCUACAGUAGCUAAAGCAUCAAGGAAGGAUGUCAGGUCACUGACUCAAACAUACACAAGCAACACUUCCCUAGUGGCGAUCCUCAUCGCGACGAUUACCUUCGCCGCCGCUUUCACCUUGCCCGGAGGAUAUAGCAGUGACGCUGGAAGUGAGGGGGUUCCCAUCAUGUCAAGGAAGCUCGCGUUUCAAGCAUUCUUGAUCUCCGACACCUUAGCAAUGUGCUCCUCACUUGCCGUUGCCUUCAUAUGCAUCCUAGCCAGGUGGGAGGACCUUGAGUUCUUGCUUUACUAUAGAUCUUUUACAAAGAAGCUUAUGUGGUUUGCAUACGUAGCAACAACCACGGCAUUUGCAACUGGUUUAUACACAGUUCUGGCCCCUCGUCUCCUAUGGUUGGCUAUUGCAAUUUGCAUUCUGCCAAUCUUAUUGCCCACUCUUACCAAGCUGCUUGGUGAAUGGCCAGUCUUGAAGCUCAAGUUUCGGUUGGGUCGAACUUUCAACUCUGACCUCCUUGAUAUGGUCUGACCUCGUCACUUUGUGUUGUUGAUUCCGGCUACUUUAUGCUCGCAUUGUUUGUUCCAAGACAUGUUUAAACAUUGUAAAAGAAUGUUAUGUUAGUAAUUUGGAUUUCUGUGUAAGACCUAAGCUAUGCAUUGAGAACGCUUCUAGUUUGC